GCUUAGCAACGCCCGCUGCCGGAAAUGGGCUUGGGCGGUCGCGAAGAGCAUCCGCUUCUGGGCGGCAAGAUGGCGGCGGUCGGCGGUGUGGCAGGAGAAGCGGAGGAGGCGGUGUCGGAUUGGAUUUUGCCUUCAGAGGAGGAAGUCUUAGAAUCUAUCUACUUGGAUGAGCUACAGGUGUCUAAAGGAAAUGACAGGUCUGAACCCUGGGAAAUCUCCAUUGUUUUACAUCCAGCAACUGCAGAGGAUCAGGAUUCUCAGUAUGUCUGCUUCACUCUUGUCCUUUCUGUGCCUGUUCAGUAUCCAAAAGAAGUGCCAAAAAUAACAAUUCAGAAUCCUAGAGGGCUGUCAGAUGAACAGAUUCAGAAGAUUUUGCAGACACUGCAAAAUAUUGCUAAGGCCCGACUUGGUACUGCUAUGUUGUACGAGCUAAUAGAGAAGGGAAAGGAAAUCCUUACUGACAAUAACAUCCCGCACGGCCAGUGUGUGAUUUGCCUGUAUGGCUUUCAAGAAAAUGAAGCUUUCAUUAAGACUCCAUGUUACCAUUACUUCCACUCAUAUUGCCUUGCCAGUUAUACACAGCAUAUGGAGGAGGAGAAACGUGCACAGAAGAAAGAAAGAUUACCAACACUGGCAUCUCAGUCAAAAGAGGAAGAUGAUGUGCCAUGUCCUGUUUGCAGGAAGCCUCUGGUGUAUGACCUUGCAACAUUGCAAGCAGCACCGCCACCUCAACAGCCAAUGGAAGUGUACCAACCAGACACAGCGAUGAAGCUGCACAGAGAACAAUUGAGCUUGAUCUAUCAGAGACAACAAGCAAAAGGAGGCAUUAUUGAUCCUGAGGCAGAGCGCAAUCGAUACUUCAUUAGCCUGCAAAAGCCAAGAACCGUGGAACGGAAACAGGAAUUUCUUUGGACUCUUCCUAAAUUGGAGAAUGAAGGUGGAAAUUAUCUUAAUUGGAAAAGACGACUGGAAUUAUUCCUGAAUUCCAAAGAGGCUGAAGUCUGUGACCAAGAUCCUCCAUCACCUGAAGAUGAGGGAUACAUUGACUGGCUCCAGAGCGACAGAUUGGUGAGGGGAAUCAUUUCAUGUUCUCUAUCAGAUAGAACCUUUGAGUUUGUAAGAAAUGCUGAAACAGCAAAAGAAAUGCUAGCAUCAUUGGAAAGACACUACAGUAGAGUCUCCGAUGCUGAAAUUAUGCUAAUUUAUCAAAAAUUGUUCACAGCAAGAAUGGAUUCAGAACAGAACUUAGAUGGUUUUCUACAACAUAUACGAUCUUUAGUUGACCAGCUAAGAAUGCAUGGUGAAAAAAUUGGAACUGCAGAAAGGAAAAAUAGAAGUUUGAUUGAAAUGGCCAGGACCAUGCUUCUAUAUUCAAAAUUGCCAGAGUUUCUGUGGGCUGAAGCCACACUUUCUGCCUGUUAUCUACAAAAUAGGCUACCAAGUGGAGGAAGAAACGCAACUCCUUACGAACUGUGGUACGGUCACCCGCCUUCUGCCAAUCAUUUGAGAGUUUUUGGAUCUAAAGCCAUUGAAUUUUAUCCCAAAAGUGAAAAGAGCUGGGAAAUUUGAUAGAACCGCUAAAGCAUUGAUCCUUGUUGGAUAUAGUCCAGAAUACAAAAGUUACAGACUAUAUGAUCCGGAUAAUAAAUCGAUAUCUGUGAGAAAAGUGAUCUAUAUUGAUGAAAGGAUUCAGAGAUCUAAUAAAGAUUUUUUUGGUGAGACUUCAGAACAACUUCUCUGUGAUAAGUCUUUCAUUGGAGAUUUCAUGCCAUUUGUUCCAGUGAGUGAAGAUGGGGGAGCAGCGCCAUCCCUGAACUGCAUAAGUCUCUUUUGUCAUCAAGUUUCCAGUCCUCAUUGAGUAGCUAGGCUAGAGUCAGGGCUAAGAUGAGGGAUUCCUUUCCCCACAUUCCUAUGCAUGUUUUCUAAAAGAGAUUUCUCUUUCCUCCUGUUUGCCACUGUCUGCUCCCACCCCCCUUUGAUGAUGUAGUAAUGGAAUUCUGUGAGGGAAUUUCCUCUUUAAGUUUUAUUGCCCUGGGAUGGCCAUGUGGCCAUUGACCAUGUUUCAGUAUUCUGCUUUUCUUUCUACCAAUGAGGAUGCACAUUUGCCUCUUUCUAGGCAAAAUGUAGAUGCAUUGACCUUUUUCCUUUUUACCUCUUUAGAAGAUGACAUAUUUAGUAAGCUAGUUAGCCCCAAGACCUUUUCUAUCAAGAAUGUAUUUCUUUUAUUUCAAUAAAUAUUUUUGAACCAAAA